AGUCACUUCACAUCUCUCCUUUUUAGGCCAAACACCACCCCCACCAGCCCCUGCGCUCCACCCUAAAAAUAGAAGCAGCAGCAUGCAAUUCCCCACACCUUCAAACAGAUCAUGAAGCUGGUGGUGCUCUCCCUGCAGAUCCCCAAUCACCAGAUGAUGGGCCUCCUAUGAGUGAACCAGCAGCCUGCAGCAACUGUUACUACUACCGCCACCGGCCAGCACUGGGAAAGAGUAAGAAGAAGCAGAUGAGAUCAACCAGCUAGCGGCUAUCUUCCAGACCAGUCCAAUGCUUACUGAUCGACCCUUAACCCUAUCUUCUUGCUUAAUUAUGUGAUCAUUGCCUCUCUGAUGCUCCGUGGAUGAUCUUGUGCAGACUCAAGAAGUCAGCCUCCAAUUCGUACACCACCUGCAGUGAGAUCCAAGCUCGCUCGGCUGCUAACUCCACCCAAAGCUAGCUAGCUGAUCCACCAUGGACAUGUCGCCGAACCCCGACAGCCCCUCGUCGGGAGGGGGCAACGGCGGCGGCAUCGGGUCGAGCAGCGGCGGCGCUUCGCCGUCCGUUGGUUCGAUGACGCCGCAGUCGCCGAGCCGGUACGAGGCGCAGAAGCGGCGCGACUGGAACACGUUCGGGCAGUACCUGCGGAACCACCGGCCGCCGCUGAGCCUGGCGCAGUGCAGCGGCGCCCACGUGCUCGAGUUCCUCCGCUACCUGGACCAAUUCGGCAAGACCAAGGUGCACGGCGCGGCGUGCCCCUUCUUCGGCCACCCGAACCCGCCGGCGCCGUGCCCCUGCCCGCUCCGCCAGGCCUGGGGCAGCCUCGACGCCCUCGUGGGCCGCCUCCGCGCCGCCUUCGAGGAGAACGGAGGCCGCCCGGAGUCCAACCCCUUCGCCGCGCGCGCCGUCCGCCUCUACCUCCGCGAGGUCCGCGAGCACCAGGCCCGCGCCCGCGGCGUCAGCUACGAGAAGAAGAAGCGCAAGAAGCCGCAGCAGCUGCUGCAGGGCGACGGCAGCGGCGGCCUUCACGGCCACCCCCACCAGCCGCCGCCGCCUCCGCCCGCCGGCGCCGCCUGCUGAUGAGCUCGAUCGAUCUGGUCGACCGAAGGCGCCUCGAUCGCCCAGCCUCCUAUUUGGCUGGUAUGAUGCCAGAUUGAGCUCGAGCAUCUACAUAUAUAUUUUAUGUAUCAUUCAGAUUUCAGAGUUCGCGUAUGAUGAAUGCAUGCAUGCAUGCCUGCAUGUGCAUGGCAGUGGCUUCCUUCAUGCUGCUGAUCCGUGCACUCUACCUUGAGAAGCACCACCAGUAGUGGCCGGGUGCUGCUGCCUGCGUGUACUUGCAUUGCUUGUGUGUUUAAUUAAUUCGAUUGGCUUUAGCUCUGGUGUUGUCUAUUAUUAGCUUGUAGGAGUGAGCAAGUAUUUGCUGUACUUUGAACAAGAGGAGUGUAUGUGCCGUACGUCCUCUGAGGUCUAGCUAGGGACAGGGAGAUACAUAUAUGGAGAUCUCUCUUGCUGUUUGUGGAAGAGAUUUGAAAGCCCCUCUCUGUGUU